CAAUUGAUCUUGCUGAUCACAUACUAACACGCUCAAAGACGGAACCUGAAGUAGGCCCUACAUUGGCCUACAAUAGAAACAGCACAAUAGCAAGAAGGAUUCCUAGUUGGAUUUAGUAGUAUGUCAUGUGUGUUAUGUCUGGACACCCACCACUAAGUUCGCUGUUAUCCACACGGUCUCCUUUCUACUGAUUUGCUCAUAAUGACAUCUAUGAUUGGUUUGGAGAUUCACGAAGCUGCAUCUCUUGGCGACCACGAUGCUCUGGAAGAAUACAUCAAGUCUGGCCGAUUUGAUAUCAACCAAGGAGACCUGAACUGGGGUGACAAGACUCCACUUCAUUGGGCCAGCCAGAAAGGUUUCGCUGAGUGCGUCAGGCUUCUUCUAGACAACGGCGCCUUCGGGUUAGCCCGAACAGAGACAGGUUGGACACCGGCUCAUUUCGCUGCGGAAUCGGGCAGAAUAACAGUUCUCCGAGCUCUCCAUGCCUCCAAUGUUAGAGUAGACAAGAAAGACAACUACGGAUGUACACCACGAAGAUUAGCAGAAAUAUACGACCAUCAAGAUUGCAUCAAGUUUUUGCAACAGGCAGAACAGGAGAUAGCAGAAAGGCGACACAAUCUAGGGCUCUUGAAUUCUUCUGAUGAAGAAGAUGACUUGGAAACUAUGACCUCCAUCACAUUUGCUACAGAAGAAAAAUCAGGUGAUGAUGUCACCCGAUCCAGCAGCCACCAAAGAAGGCGCAAGGACAGGAACUCUUCGCCGUCACCAAGCGAGGGAAGAAAGAGCCGGGCCAGCGACAAGUCCUCGGCCUCGAAUGAUAAAAGAAAAAAGAAAGAUAAGAAAAGUACGUCCCCUAAUGUAGGCAAAAAGAAUAAAAACAGAGAUAUGACCGACGCAGACGUGACAAAGAAUUUCCAAAGCGAAGGCAAAAAAAAUACUAAGUCAAAAGAGACAGCGUCUUCUCCACAGAGCGAAGAGAAACUCAAGAAACAACAAAAUACAAAACAACAAAGGGAACAAAAGAUCAAGUACAAAGAAAAUAUAACUUCCGGCUCAAAAAGUGACGACUCGGUCAUUGGAAACAAAGAAGCAGACGUGAAAAAUGAAGGGAAACUGAUCAGCAUUGAGGAAAUGUUUAACACAGAUCAACAAUCCAACAAGACUAAACGUAGAAAAGACAAAAAGAAUGCGAAAAUCUCACUUCGAGUUUCCACAUAAUAUAACAGUUCGUGAAAAUGUUAUGAAGGUAAAGUUAUCUGAAGAUUUGACUAAUUGGACUAACACAUAGACAUUAUGCAGCCCUAACAAGCCUACAUAUAGGCCUACCAUUAUUUUCAUGUUCAACAUACAAGUGAAGUAAACACAAAUGAACAUAGUUUUGAGGUAUCGAACCUUUCAGUUAUGUUAUUGUGUACGUCUCCACUACUUCUGCCUUUGUUAGCUACGCUACUUAUUAAUAGGUAUUGUGAAUUAGCGACUUAGAGAUACAAUUGUUGUAUGUUUGUAGUUUAUGGAAUGGUCAUUUGUAUUCUCACACUGUUGAAUUAUUUUGCCACUGACUGUUUUCAGAUGUUCAAUGUAAAUGGCUUUGAGAAUGUUGACAAUCGAUUAGAUGUUAGAAAUCUAAAUUCGCUUUAAGAUUGUUAUUAAGUUAUUUUUUAUUCUGUAAAAGAUUACUUGUGAGACUUUGAACAAAAAAGUGUCUUAUUCUGUAUUAAAGAAUGUUCAAUGGUAGUCAAUUAAUAACAACAAAAAAUAUAUGCAGAGACUUAAUUUGAUCAAUUCUCGAAAACUAGAGGGAAAGGCUAACUGCUACAGACAUUGUUUUUCAAUAAAAGGGGUACUCUUAUGUAAUUGUUGGUGAUCUAUCUGUAAAAAUUCUCUAGUUAUGUGACGAACUGUAAAUGAGUAUUUUUAGAAAGCUAUGUGGCUAGCACAACUACUUAUUUUGUAAACAUCCCUACAACAUUGCGUUCAUAAUCUUUGUUCAGAGGCAAUGUCACGUGACCAGAGCUAUAGUAGCCUGGUAAAAUUUGGGCAAGUCCUAGUCUGAAGUAAAACAAAUAAAACUCAGAAAAAGAGAUACGGACACUUAUUCAUUUUUUUUAAAGAAAAAAAAUAUAUUAGAUAAGUUUACUUUGUUAUUUUUUUUCCCUAAAUGUAUACAGUUAUUUUCCUGACUAAAACUAAACUCAUUUGUAGAAAAGCUAGAAAAAAACAGAUGCUUGCAAUGUUUUGAAAGCCUGAGUUGAUCAUCUGUAUCUUGGACUUCUUAGCCUGAAAGCUCACAUUCCCAGCGUUGUGAUCAAAGUUGAAGCCAUCUUUAUGCUCGUGGCUUACGCAAGCUGGCAUGUCUUUAUUGUGAAGGUCAAUUAUAGGAGCUGACUCAACUUCCGUCCAGAAAUGUUGGAAAUCUUUGACCAAUGUUGCUCUGGAAGACCAAAAGUAUUUAUAGAGAUCUUUGAUGUUAUUGAAGCAAUUUAAUUAAAAUGUAAACAUUUUUAAGUUCUUAUAUUCUUAUUUAUUUAAGCAUAGCGAGUUUUGUCAUCGUAUCUGUGUUUAUUUGUGCGUGAGCUCAUAUUUAUAUGUGUGGGAAUGUGUUUAUGUGAGCUUGAGAUAUACCGGUAUUUGCCUAAACAUGAACAUUCACAUGUAGUAUCUGAAAGAAAAGAUGCAAAUUAUUUUUUUUUUAAAGUUCAAGCAAAAUUCUAAACCCAAACAUUAUGUCCUAGCCUAGAUCUAGUUAUGUACAGACUAACAAAAAAAAUAUAUGCAAACCUGAUGACUACGUGACCCGAAGGUGUUACAGGGGCUGUCCAAUAGAAAGAAGCUCGAUUCUGUUUGUCUUUACUAGUGUGAGUUACCGUAGACUAGCAAUAAAAAAAAAAAAAAAAAAGGAAA